AUAAGUCGUCAUUGCAAUCGGACAUAGGUAUAAAAUAUUUAUUAUACCUCUAAGCUUUUAUUAUUUUAAAUAAUGUCUUUCCAUAUGCAUCGAUUGCAAAAUGAAACGUUUUGGGACUUCAAAGGAAAAGUGGACUUCGUGGAUGAAUGGUUUCUGAUGAAAUCUCCAUUACCCAUAUUAACCAUUACGGCGACAUACUUGUAUUUUGUCCUGAAAGUUGGUCCUGAAUAUAUGAAAUCACGAAAGCCUUUUAAUUUGAAUAACGUUAUUAUUUUAUACAACAUAUUUCAAGUUUUUUUAUCGGCUUUUUUAUGUUAUUUGUGCACGCAACUGAUGUUAGAAAAUGGUUUUGUUAGCAAAACCUGUCUCAUAGAAAAAGAACAUACAAGACGAGGUAUAACAAACGAAAUGUACUACUACUUUCUAGCAAAAACAAGUGAACUUUUGGACACAGUAUUCUUCGUUCUAAGGAAGAAGACCAGCCAAGUCACCUUCCUCCACGUCUAUCACCAUGCAAUGAUGGUGGUCGUCACCUGGUCUAUGCUGAAGUAUGAACCAACAUACAUGAUGAUUUUCAUAAGGAAUAUUAAUUCAUUUGUUCAUGUGAUCAUGUAUACGUAUUACUGUUUGUCUGCGUUCCCGGCUUUGAAGAAAUAUUUGUGGUGGAAGAAAUAUAUUACGAAGUUGCAAUUAGUACAGUUUAUAUCAAUACUCAUUCACUUCGCAAUGGUAUUAAGGACCUCAGAAUGCACACUAUCAUAUCUAUCAUGCUUUGUAGUAGUAUUUAAUACAAGUCUGUUCAUCGUCCUAUUUGGAAGAUUCUACAGAGAAUCCUACAUAAAUAAAGGAAAAAUGAAAAAGGGUGAAGAUAAUCAAAAUGUGCAAAAGUUUGAUGAAAUUAAAAAUAAUGAUAAGAUGGAAAAUAAUUGUAUUGACAAUGAUAGUUUGAAUUUUUCUAAUAAUGGAAUUAGGUCUAAAAUUAAUUGAUAAAUAAAAUAAGGUAUAGUGAACACUAUAAUUGUUUAUGUCCUAGUUAGUCGUAGUCAUCGAUGUCUUAAGGGAUACAUGUCAUAUCUGUUUGGUCAUAGUAUUCAUGAGCAAUUGUAAAUGUGAAAGAUAGUCUACCAACUAUAAAGCACAAAACAAGAAACUAUUUACUAAAAUAAAACUCUAUGCCUGUGUUUUA